AUGAACAUUUUGUGGGGCGUUCUAACCAUCUUUUACUCACUUAGUCUUCGCUCUGUUGUUCUCGCUCUUUCUAGUUGUCCUAAUGGUCUGAACAGCAACUGUAUAUGUGCUGAAGAAGGCAAUGGUUUCUCGUUUGAAUGUAACGGUGUUAACACUAACUUUAAUGAACUCUUAUCGCCGCUUGAGAAGAUUCGUAUUGAAAGGUUUACUGUUCUAGGAGCUUAUUGGCCGCUUUUGAAGCGCCUUCCGAAAUUGCAUAUUCGUGCUAUCCAGCUUGUGAACUGUGGCAUUGAAGAUAUUGAGGAAGGUGCUUUUGAAACAGUCGCUGAUGGUUUACAAGAAUUGGUGCUUACAAAUAAUUCUUUUAAGUCAAUCCCUAACGUUGGGCGUCUACCAAAAUUACUUUCUUUGAAUCUCAGAUAUAAUAAGAUCAAUACUGUUCCAAGCAACAGGCUUAAAAAUGUUUCAAACCUGGUACAAUUACGCCUUGAUGGCAACCAGAUUUGCACGUUACCAGAGAGUUUUCUGAAGCCAGUGAGGAGCACUUUGGAACUGCUUGACCUUAGCAGCAACUGUUUAGAAAACGUACUCUCUGCAAAUUUGGGGAAGCUUGAACGCCUCUUAUACCUUGACUUAUCAGAAAACAGACUUAAUCGCCUUGAUAAUUCAGAUUUUAAAGACCUUGACCAACUCAAGGAACUGCGUGUAAAUGAUAACCAGCUGAGCGAAGUUGGGAAGUUGACAUUCAACAACAUCCGCCGUUUGAAACAGUUACACAUUCAAAACAAUCAGAUCACAGACCUUGAUACUUCUGAAAUUACCGAUGGGUUCAGGAAAUUGGAAUUCCUCGACAUUUCAAACAACCGCCUUCUGGAGGUUCCAAAUUUGAAAGAUCUUCCAAAUAUUGUGCAAGUUAAUUUGGAUCGUAAUGAAAUUACACGUACUGUUAGUUACACGUUUAGUGGAAAUCACAGGCUCCGUCAUCUUAGUGUACAAAACAACCACAUAUCUUCAAUGGCUCCUCAUACAUUCAAUCAUUUGUAUGGGCUUACGCAUUUGCUCCUGGCGAGCAAUGAAAUUAGGUACAUUGAUCGGGAUCUCUUUUGCGGGAUGGAAAAUUUGGAACAGCUGAGUUUACAAAACAAUUCUAUCAGUGAAUUAGAAAACUACACAUUCACUGGAAUACCCUCGCUAAAGAUGCUCGAUAUAUCUUACAAUGGGCUUCACAAAAUUGCAACCAGCACCUUUAAGCCACUGGGGAGAUUGAUGUGGCUAGACCUAUCUCACAACGUACUGACUUCACUUGAGAAAGGGACUUUUGAGGAUCCGAUACCUAAUAUUAUUCUUUAUGGUAACCCUCUCAGGUGUGAUAAGAAAAUCGAGUGGCUGAUUGAAUAUAUAAUCAUUAACAGAGUACGCACACACCUCCCUUUCCAGUCCGAAGUCCUCUGUGCAGAGCCAGAUAAUUACAGGACCGUGAGAUUGAGAGAUUUUCUUACGAAAAAAGCUAAUGAAACUUUCAAUGCAAUGACGUCAGCUUUGAGAGCAGCAGCCGGUAUCCCGUCAGACAAAGACUUAAUGAGAAGUUUCAUACCAACUAGUGUACGUAAGUUUAUUCCUGCUUUGGAGCGUGGAGAGAAGAACCAGUAUUCGGAUGUCCCUGUUAUUGGUGCGAUAACAAAGGCUCUCCCCGUGUUAAGGAGUGUGCCUGGUUUGAACUAUAUACCAAAAGCAACUGGAGAAAGAGCGGAAGAUGUGCACUCUUUAAAUAAUGCUAUUGAGAAGUUUUCGUCGCCACUGAUCAAGGUGGCCACAGGGGAGUCGGAGUCGUUGACGGGAAUCAAUGAGGUAUUUAAAGCGCUUCCUGAACUUGCGGCCAAUCUCCCGAGCGCGAAAGACUUGGAUAUAAGCAAGGUACCACCAAAUCUCUUGAUUCUGAUACUAACUGGUCAGCAAGUACCUGGCGUCAACAAAGAGACAAUGGAGAAGUUGUUAAGAAACUAUACUGCAAAGAUGUAUGCAGCAGCAGUAGCUGCAGAAGAAGGACAUCCAAUGUUGGAUGAGAGUCGUUAUCUUCCCGAAAUAGAAAAGCUUCCAAAGGAGGUGUUAGCAGAAGUGAUCAAAGAAGGAAGGCUUCCUUACCUCACCCCUGAACAAAUGUCUGCUGUAAAGGGAUACUACAUCAAAAAAGCGGCAAUUGCCAUCAGUGAUGGGAAGUCCCAUAUUUUCCCAAAGGAUUUGAUAAAGCCCCACUUCACAUCUAUGAUCAAAAUGUUACCGGCGGGUUAUGACAUCAGAAAAAUCCCGGCAGAAGUAUUCACGAGUUUUGUUGAGGGUCGUAUUCCAGAUAUGAGCUCUUUGCCUGGAGACUUACGUGAGUACAUUAUGAACGGACAGCGAGAUCCAGCGGAUAAUUUUGGAGUAGAAGAGACGCUGAGGAUACGGACAACGGCAGUCCCCACUAUUCCUAAUUCUGAAAGGUACGACAUCAAUAAGGUCAGUGCGGAUCUAAUAAAAGUUGAAGAGGAAGCUGCGAGAAAAGAGCGGUUAAGAUUCUACUCUUCGAUUCUCCUUUGCGCGGUCGGUGUGCUGUCUACAUUUGUGGUGUUCCUCCUAUUUUUAUACAUGCGGAGAAGGAAAGCAAUGCUAUCCGGUAAGAAACCUGAGAAUUUUUACAGUUUUGACGAAGCCCGUCGUCGUCGCCAAGUCCUUAUUCACAUGCCGCGGCAAUGUUUGGAAGCAGGACGGUUGCAGGGCAGUAGGCUGAUGGGCAAAAGUCCAGGUGGCUUCAGUCAUUACGAUGUUAAACCAGUGUUAAGAUAA